UAAAAAACCGGUGCCUCUUCAGUAAAGUGACCUUCCUUACGCCCGCCACAAAUCGCUUGUCUACCGAGAGAGGCAGUUCAGACCUACCUCUGGAGUGAUUUUAACCCGGCAUAUUUUAAGUUUAAAGCUGAUUAUGGGAGACGUUGGCAAAGGAAAGAAGGCUUUUGUCCAGAAGUGUGCUCAGUGUCACACAGUAGAGGAGGGGGGCAAACACAAGGUGGGCCCCAACCUCUGGGGUCUGUUUGGACGCAAGACUGGACAGGCAGAGGGCUACUCCUACACAGAUGCUAACAAGAGCAAAGGCAUCGUUUGGGGUGAAGAUACCCUGAUGGAAUACCUGGAAAACCCCAAGAAAUACAUUCCUGGAACCAAAAUGAUCUUCGCCGGCAUCAAAAAGAAGGGAGAGCGCCAGGACCUCGUCGCUUACCUCAAAUCUGCAACAUCAUGAAGAAGUCAUGAAAAUCAGAAUUUUUAAUAUUGUCUCUUUUUUUGACUCUUACAUGGUUAAUAUCUGGUUUUAUGUUCAGUCAUUUGUACAGAAGAUUUAUUUAUAUUAUCCAUGUUUGGAAAUAAUGUCUGUUCAUGUGAGCCAAUGAGUUCACAGCAAGUGUCACUUUAAAGAAAGUGAGUAACUGUUCAAAUGACGCAACAUAAAACUGCAGAACCUGUUUUCUUUUUUUUCUGUCCUAACAAAUGCUAAUCACAUAUUUAAAAAUUGCUUGCCAUGAUGGGUUAUAUGGCCUGUUUUUCAUUCUGUUCUCCAUGACCACAUGUGUCUGGUACUUUAGCUAGUUGUACUAUUACCAUCGACUUGCUUUCAAAACUGUAACUUCUCAAAAGUUAUGUUAUCGGUUACAGCAGACAGUGUAGAAAUGUUGGGAUAUUCGGUGCUGACUCUCAAUUUUACCCCAGUGUUCAUGUUGAGUGACGUUUCAACCAAUUUGAACACGGUUGUUUUUAGACUGAACCUGGGCAAAACCUCCUUUUGUGUUUUGUUACUCCUGAAGGUGCUCCUCAGAGCUCCUGUUUUAUCCCCACCUGGCAUCCAAUCCAAGUUGCAGAAAACCCAUGCUAAGGGUGGCACUGAUAUCUGCCUCUUCACAGCUAAUAACCGUGGAGUGUAUAUACUAUUUAUUGCUGCCUUCAACCACCACCCAUGCUGAGGUAAUGUGUGAAAUCAGCUGGCAUACAAUCACCAUGCCUAAAGAAUGUUGUGGAACUUCUAUGUUCUGAAGAAGAAUACCAAGGGCACCAUCUGAAGCGAAAGAUUUUAUUUACCUGGUUUCACAGGGUUGAAAAGAGUGUCAGUUUUAUUUUUACUGUGAUCUGUGUUUUAAUGACAAUAUGGUAGCUAUGUUUGUGGACAGAAAGGUUAAAGGAUCAAUUAAAGGAAAACUUCAGAAGUGAAAA